UUGUGGGCAGCUUCCAAGCUUUCGCUUGUCAAGAUGACCCAACUGGAGAGCUGGCUUUUGCCAGACUCCAGGAGGAGAGCUUCCUUGAAACUCUUCCUCAUGAGAAAGCUUCCAGACUUUCAUCUGUCAAGCUGACUCCACCAGAGCUCGUGGCAGGUUCCUGUACACAUGCCUGGGCAAAUCAGAAGUCUGCCAGAGUUCUUCCCCAUCCACAGGUGUUCAGAGCUGUGUUUUAUCUCUCCUGGGGGUGAGUUCUCCUGUGUGCCUGAGACCUGGCCUGUUACUAACAGCUUGCUGCACAGACACUGAACUGUCCUGGGUUCUGACAUGAAUCUCAGAGGAAGACCGAAAUGCAACUUCCUUCACCUUGGAAUCCUUCCCUUCGUAGUGUUUGUCUUAGUCUUCUUUGGCUACCUGUUCCUGAGCUUCAGAAGCCAGAACUUGGGUCACCCAGGAGCUGUGACUAGGAAUGUCUAUCUGCAGCCAAGGGUGCUAAAACCCACUAGGGAAGAUGUUCUUGUCUUGACUCCUUGGCUGGCGCCCAUCAUCUGGGAGGGGACCUUCAACAUCGACAUAUUGAAUGAGCAGUUCAGGAUUCGGAAUACCACGAUUGGACUGACUGUGUUUGCUAUCAAAAAGUAUGUAGUGUUCCUUAAGCGGUUCCUUGAGACUGCAGAACAACACUUCAUGGUGGGACACAAGGUCAUCUACUAUGUCUUCACUGACCAUCCAGCUGAUGUGCCACAGGUGAUCCUGGGUGCAGGACGGCAACUGGUGGUGCUAACUGUGCGCAACUAUACUCGAUGGCAGGAUGUGUCCAUGCACAGGAUGGAGAUGAUCAGCUACUUCUCAGAGCAACGCUUUCUCCGUGAGGUGGAUUACCUGGUGUGUGCAGAUGUGGACAUGAAGUUCAGUGACCAUGUGGGAGUGGAGAUUCUCUCAACAUUCUUUGGCACCCUGCACCCUGGCUUCUACAGUAAGAGCCGAGAGGCCUUUACCUAUGAGCGCCGGCCACAGUCCCAGGCCUACAUCCCCUGGGACAAGGGUGACUUUUACUACGGGGGAGCCUUCUUUGGGGGCUCAGUGCUAGAAGUGUACCAUACCACCAAGGCCUGCCAUGAAGCUAUGGUGGAGGACAAGGCCAACGGCAUUGAGCCUGUGUGGCAUGAUGAGAGCUAUUUGAACAAAUACCUGCUUUACCAUAAGCCUACAAAGGUGCUAUCCCCAGAGUAUUUGUGGGACCAGCACAUGCUGGGCUGGCCCCCCAUCAUGAAGAAGCUGAGAUAUGUGGCUGUGUACAAGGACCAUCAGGCAAUCAGAAACUAAUAGCUAAAUUCCUAUUGGAGAGGACAGGCUGAUAGCCAGUGGCACUCUGGGCUGAGACGAAACUGAAAGGAUUUGAGAGACAAUUGUCACCCACUGUCCCACCUCAGAGUCCAGCAGGCCCAGUAUCACUUGGCUUACCACACACUUGAGCCCUGGAGUGGCAACCACCUUCAGCUCCACUGUGUGUCCCUAAGCUCUUUUUACUGAGUGACAUGGUAAAUGGAGCUUUCAGAACAUGAAAAAAUUCUUGUCAUAUAGUUAACUGGGGGCAUGUGCAUCCUCACUCAGGCUUGCCCCUUCCUGUGCUGGGAGGCUGACGGAGGACCAGGCAGGAGGGCAGGAAGCGUCAGCCUGCAGUCCACAGAGGGGCAUAGCUUACUUGGGGCAGAUCAGCACCCUGUGCCCAUAACCUCUGCUCAUUUUUUGUUUAUUUGGGAAUAUAUAGCUAUCCAUUCUAGGGAAUAAAUAAAUUUCUAGGAAGUAUAGGAAGUUUUUAGUUUCCCCCCUUUUGUUUUGAGGUAUUUGGGAUUGAACCCAGUGUCUCGUGAAUGCUACUCAGGCACGCCACCACGGAGGUGCAUUCCCUCAAGACUCUAUCUUAGAGACACAUACUGACUGAACUUGAUGAGUGCUACAUCUACUAUAUUUUUAUUGAUACAGUCUCUAGUAGUUCAAGCUGGUUUCAGCCUUACUAUGAUGGCCUUGUGCUCCUGAUCUUGCCUCUGCCUCUGCCUCUUGUCGCCUCUGAUUCCUACCAGCAGAAAAGAGCGAUGACACAGCGUU